GUGAUGCUUUUUGUAAUUCAUAUUAGCAGUAAAUCAAGUUCUCGGAAUUUCAUUUACAAACCGAAGCAUUCAUUGAUUCGUGCAAUUUAGUGGAAGAAGUUGUCUGAUGACCAGAAGAGACAGUACGAAGUCAGAGCAGAAUACAUCGCAAGUGAACGUGCAAAACAGGAAGCAGCGCGUGCUGCAACCGAGAAAUCGCUUCAACCCGGCCAAAUUCGCAUCUAUCAAUGCAAGUGGAUCAAUUGUGACUCACAAUUCGACAGCGAAAAUGGCCUUUAUGAACAUAUAGUUCAACAUCAUACAAGCCAAAUUAUCAUGGAUAGCGAACAGCAAUAUGUAUGCAUGUGGGUAACUUGUGUACGUAACAGAAAAGAAGGCAAGCCUUUCCCAUCACUACCUCGUCUUCAUCGACACAUGAAGGAGAAGCAUCUUGCUUCGUCGAUGAAAAAUGUUUAUCCGAAUCAGAUAGGAAGAAAUUUCUUCAAACUUUCAACUCAGCCAAAUACCGGUGGCGAGGCGGCUAGCAGCCUUGUUCACAUCCCAUAUGGGCGAGGUAUUGGUCUCCAAACACCCCAAGCAGCGACUGCCUCCCAAACUCCCCAUGUCAAUGGACAUGUAAAUGCAAUCCCUCCUCACCUCAAUGGCGAACAUCACUACCCCUCACCAAUACAACAUCAACAACCUCCCAAUGCUCAAAUGACUCCCCAAGUCGCUCAUCAAGCUACGCCUUCGUGUUCACAAGCACCUAUGCCGUCAUCGUCGGUGCAACCACCAAUCACUGAUCCAGGACGCACGAUCGUCAAAGCUCAGGUUGCAGAGCCUGUAUUUGUGGCCCCACCAUCAUCUGUACAUGCGCGGCGAGUCUUACAUUCGGAGACAUAUCUUAGGUAA